UUUCUCCAGGGUAAAUGUCAAAGAAAAGAUCCCCCCUGUAAAUAUCUUCACCCCCCUCAGCACUUGAGAGAACAAUUGUUACAAAAUGGUCGCAACAACCUUAUCCUUAAAAACCUUCAGCUCCAGGCCUACCAACAAGCCCAAUAUGGUGUCUUGCCUGUGCAGACAGCAGUAAAGCAAGUUUCGGCGGGACCAAAGACUGUAGCUGUACCUGCCGUCUUGCCUGGACAGUACUCAUACUUGGCCCACAGUUCACAGACACACCCCCAGACCAUCUUGAGACCACCCACUCUUCAACAAGCAACUGCUGCCACUCAUUCCCCUUAUGAUGCUACCCACUAUCCUGGCCUGCAAACAAUCUCUGCCGUCCCUGCCCAAGCUUCAGCCACCAGCUACAACCCUUUCAUUGCCACAUCUUUGGCUUCUGUUGCCAUGCAAACCAGCGCUGAUGGUACCAUGUCUCAAGCUCUGCCACCCAACUUGAUUCCCACAACAACCAAAGCCAUUAGGGCAGACAAAUUUGAGGGAGGUGAGGAACCAACCAGGAUGUGGUACGCGCCUUGGUGGCUGCAUCAGGCAAACAGUGAGACAACUUCAGAAAAUGGUGAAUCUGUGACGUCCCAUGCACCUUUGGUGGACACUUAUAGUUUCCCCACUUAUAUUCCUCAGGUAUGUCGUGAGUUCCAGCGAGGCACAUGCUCGCGUGCCACUUCAGAGUGUCGCUAUGCCCACCCAGCUGAGCACAUUGUAGUUGAUGCCACAGACAACCACGUGACAGUCUGUAUGGACUUUAUAAAGAGCAAGUGUACCCGGGACCUGUGUAAAUACUUCCAUCCGCCCAGCCACCUGCAGGCUCUGGUCCGCGCUGCUCAUGCUCGCAACCAGGCCUCCAAUAAUUCUAACAGCCAGGCACUGCAAAGUGCCAUACCUGGCAUGAUGCCAGCCUACAAGAGGAUAGCCAUUGGAGACAUGAACAAAGGGGGCAUCCCUGUGUACCAGAGCAGCCAGCUGAUGGCCCCCCUACAACACACAUCACUGCUGCAGCUCCAGCAGCCAUCCUAUAUCCCCAUGUCCUACACUUAUGUUUACCCCUCUGAUGCUGGCUUGAGUCACAUGACUCCCGCCAUGUUUGCUCCACCAUUGACAAGUUUAUCACCGACCCUAGUGCCUUCAACCUCCCCUACUGUAGCCCCAGCAGUGUCCAGUACGGUCAGCACUGUCAGCAGCCAGAGUAGCACCCUGAGCAGCCUGCCUGCCACCAGUGGUCUAGCCCGCCUCCCCACCACCCCACAUAAUGCUUACUCUGUAGAAUAUUUUGGAAAUAACAAACAGUUGCUGGACACCCUCCCAGUGUGCCAAGAUUUUAAGAGUGGGCAGUGUUCUAGCCCCUACUGCAAGCAAGUGCAUCUUUCUGAGGACUAUGUAGAAGUUAACAAUGGGCAAGUGACAGUUUGCCGUGAUUAUGCCACCCGCCAAACUUGCAAACGCUCUCGCUGCAAAUACUACCACAUUCCUGUUGAGCUGCCACCAUCUUAGUUUCUCUGGCCAAGCUCUGAGAGUUGGCUGUGGUCCUGAGGUGGCCACCAAGUGUUUGUGUCAAGUGGUCCACAUUGUCCCAGUCUCUUGAGCUAGCUGACUUGCAGCCUGGGUACUGCUGCCAUAUGGUGCAUACUUUAGGCCUUUCUACUCGCUGGGCCUUAAGAUGUACAUUCUCAUUCAACCAUCUCAUCAUUAGAAACUACUUUUGUAACUUGAUGCUGUGUUUGUCUAUACAAAUAUAACCUUCCCAGGCUGCACUUCACCUUUCACAAGGUCAAGGCUGAAUCAUGAAACUGUAGCUUCAUGACAUGGACUUGUUCAUAGUCUUCAAACAACUUGUAUGAUUAGACCUGAAUCAAUGUUAGACUGUCUAGAGUUUGAAUGCUUUUAACUUGUUCUACCAGCUUGUGGUGAGGCAGUGAAAAAUGAGACCCAGGCUUGGACUUGUACUGAGAUCAGCUCUGGCCUCAACUUGUUGUUCUCAUUCAGAAACACACUGAGACAUUUUUUGGCUGAGUUGGAUGCACAUUUGAGUUGCUCAUGGUCUGGGUGGCCCAAGAAGAAAAGUAAGUGCCUUGACUGGUGAUUUAGCAAUAUUUCCUGGGUCUCAUUUGGAGCUGUCUGAUCAUAUUUUUUACAACUGUUGAGUAUAUGAUGUGAGAGUUGUCUAACUUACUAGAACACUACUGGCUCAGUUGUACUUAAAUAUUGGCCAUUGUUCUCAGUUGACUAUGUUUAGUCAAUCUUGUCAAUAUUUUGUCUAGGCCGAAUGUUGACAAUGUUCAGCCUAGGCCAAAUGUUGACAAUGUUCAGCCUAGGCAGAAUGUUGACAAUGUUCAGCCUAGGCAGAAUGUUGACAAUGUUCAGCCUAGGCCGAAUGUUGACAAUGUUCAGCCUAGGCCAAAUGUUGACAAUGUUCAGCCUAGGCCAAAUGUUGACAAUGUUCAGCCUAGGCCAAAUGUUGACAAUGUUCAGCCUAGGCCGAAUGUUGACAAUGUUCAGCCUAGGCCAAAUGUUGAUAAUGUUUAGCCUAGGCCAAAUGUUGACAAUAUAUAUUUGAUAAAAUGUGUUUGAUAAGUUUUAUAAACUGAUAUUUUAGGUGUAUUUUUUUUUCUCCAACCCUCAUUCUUUUGAUAAUGUGAGAAAUUUGUUGGGUCCCCAGCAGGUUGGCACUCAUGUCAACAAAUUUGUUGGGUCCCCAGCAGGUUGGCACUCAUGUCAACAAAUUUGUUGGGUCCCCAGCAGGUUGGCACUCAUGUCAACAAAUUUGUUGGGUCCCCAGCAGGUUGGCACUCAUGUCAACAAAUUUGUUGGGUCCCCAGCAGGUUGGCACUCAUGUCAACAAAUUUGUUGCUUGGAUCCCAGCAGGUUGGCACUCAUGUCAACAAAUUUGUUGCUUGGAUCCCAGCAGGUUGGCACUCGUGUCAGCAUCACAUUUGUCAGCACCAGCUGUCUGAAGCAAAAGUAGUGCCACAUGAACCUGGCUUGAUAUGGUCACAUGACAAGAUCUUGGUGUCACAUGACAAGACUCCACUGUUAUUCCUACAACCCAGCUUGCUGUUUGUGGCAGGCUCCACUAAGACCAGUGGCUUGUUAAAAAAAAAUUCGUCUUUGGCACUUUUUUCUUUUUUUAAAGCAGACUGAUGUCCAAAAGACUUGAAGAUUUGAGAAAAAUCCUUCAACUUACAAAAUAGUCUAAAAGAAGGUUGUUAAUCCAAUAUUAAAUAAGUGUUUAAGCACUCAAUGUUACUAAGUGUUUAGAUAAUUUGUGAGCAUUUGAUGAUCUAGUUACUAGCCUGUAUUUUAACCAGAUGCAUGACCACCAUUUUUCACAGUGCCAUAGCCCUCCAAUCAGGGUCAGAUUUGGUUUUUAUUCUCUUGUUUUUUUAAUGUCAUUGAUUUGAUUGUACUGUAGCAUUGAUGCAAUGCAUUUCUUGGAUUGAAUUAGUUUUCUGUGGUCUAGCAUUGACUGGUUGAAGUCAUCAGAGAGGGCCUCCCUCUCAUCAAACAUAUCAAUCUUACAAGAGUAGUGCCAGUCUCUGCAGCUUAACAAUUGUCUGAGUACCUGCUGUUUCACUUGUGGCUGGACAUGUAGGGCUUAGGUUAGGGGUACAUGUAGGUGUAUCUGUAGGGGUACGUGUACAUCUAGGUGUAUCUGUAGGGGUAUGUGUACAUCUAGGUGUAGGUGUAUCUGUAGGGGUACGUGUACAUCUAGGUGUAUCUGUAGGGGUAUGUGUACAUCUAGGGGUAGGUGUAUCUGUAGGGGUAUGUGUACAUCUAGGUGUAUCUGUAGGGGUAUGUGUACAUCUAGGGGUAGGUGUAUCUGUAGGGGUAUGUGUACAUCUAGGGGUAGGUGUAUCUGUAGGGGUAUGUGUACAUCUAGGUGUAU